AUGGCCCUCAAAAAAAGCUACUCAGACGAUAUGGAGGAGGACAAAUUGCCGACGGUCUGGCAUGAAGUAAUCGAGAACAAUCUGGUCGAGCUCGUCGUCGAGUUCCCGUCGUUGUGGAAAGUAAAGGAGGACAAGGAUUACGGACACGAACAGAGGGUAAUUUUUUGAGUUGUUAAAGUUAUGGACUCAUUUCAGUCUGGAAGAAAUUGGGUUUUCAUCGAAAAACCCGGAAUUUGUUCCCCGACUGAAUGAGCCCAUUAAUCCGGUUCAAAAAACGUUUUAAAAACUGGCAGAGAGCUAGUAAGAAAACGAUAAACGAUCGAUGUGAGAAACUGACGAAAAACCGGUUAGAACACGUAAAACACUGGCAGAAAACUGAGAGAAACGAUUGAGAAAUGGAUAGAUAACAGAUUUUUGAAUGAAACACGAGUUUUUCGAGUUUUCUUACCAGGUUUUAUCAGAAAAAAAGUAAACUUUUUGCUUCAGUUCACCCACACUUUCGAAUUGAAAGCAAAUCAUCAAUAGAGCGCGUUUGCAUCUCUCGUUAGCGGGAAACAAUUUUCAAAUUUGUUCAACGGAAACGUCUUAGAAAAAGUAAAUUUUUCAAAUUUUCCAGAAAGAUAUCAGCAGUAUCCGUGAGACGCUCAACAUGAACUACUGCAGCGGAUUCACAGGUUUGCUCUUUAUUCGUUGUUGUUGAAGAAUUACCCAAAAAACGUGAUUUUCAGAUGAAUUGAUUAUGAAGAAAUGGGUGGAAAUUCGGAUGCUUUUCGAUUUGAAGUACGCGAUGAACGGCUACAAAAUGGACAAUCGAGGGGUGAGUGAUUGGCGAGAAAAUUGUGAGAAAAUUGCGAAAAACUUCAAAAACACUGUAGAACACGUGUUUUUUCCUAUGAAUGGCUUGAAAUUCUCGAAAAACUUCCCCACUUUGCAGGUGACAACGCACCGAGACGGGUCGCUGAAAGACGAUCUGAAAGAGAGCUGGAAGCUGUUCAAGAAGCUCGCGUUCCUCGUCGAACCGAUGGACGACGAGCAGGACUACGGAACGGAGGUUUUUCCUAGAUACUCGUAGAGAUCAGGAACUGAAAAAACAAAAAAUUUUAAUUCAUUUGUCAGAAGAAAAAGAAGGGACGUCCGGCUCAGUGCUGA